AUGCGUAAGGUUUGUAGACUAGGCCGAGAGGUAUUGGACCUUUUGGCCGCCGAAGUCAGACCUGGAAUUACCACAGACUAUCUUGACGAGCUUUGUCAUAAGCUCUGUAUAGAACGCGAUUCCUAUCCUUCCCCGUUGAAUUAUAAGGACUAUCCCAAGUCGUUUUGCACGUCUAUAAACGAAGUAAUCUGCCACGGCAUCCCAGAUCAGCGCGUACUAAUCGACGGCGACAUCAUCAACUUAGACGUCAGUUUAUAUCACGGAGGAUACCACGCGGAUCUGAACGAAACAUACUAUGUCGGUCACAAGGCAAAAGCAGACCCUGAUACGGUCAGAGUGGUUGAGACAGCAAGAGAAUGUCUCGAAGAAGCAAUCAAAGUUGUGAAGCCCGGUUAUCUGGUCCGAGACUUUGGUGCCGUCAUUGAGAAAUAUGCAAAAUCAAAAGGGUGUAGUGUCGUCAGGGACAUUGUCGGACACGGCGUCAACACCCAUUUUCACAGCCCACCUAACGUUCCUCACUACACCAAGAACAAGGCCGUUGGAGUUUGCAAGCCUGGAAUGACGUUUACUAUUGAGCCUAUGGUUUCUUUGGGGAAGCAUCAAUUUGUGACGUGGCCUGAUAACUGGACCAUUACAACAAUUGAUGGGAAGAAGUCGGCGCAAUUCGAGCAUACAUUACUGGUGACCGAGACGGGCGUCGAGAUCUUGACUGCUCGGCUACCAACAUCGCCUGGCGGCCCUGUUCGUACGCCGGAGGAUGUUUGA